AUGUCUGGUGUAUCCCUUGCGGUGGCGCCACGCCCUGACUGCGACCAGAACCCCCCAAACAAUCACCGACAAGACCAGACGGCCGGCGCCGUUGAAGAUGUAAUGGAAUCACUACGUAUGAUCGACCUCCAGUUGGUAGCUUUCAUAACGGUUUUCUCAGCUAGCGGUCUUGUCCCCCUCUUCGACCUUCUCUUCCCAGCCAUCACCUCCGCCUACCUCCUCCUUUUAUCCCAACUAGUCUCCCGGAGCACGCCUCCGCCACCGCUUCAAAAGAGCGAUUAUUUCAGUCAAGUAGACCCUUUAGACUUUAUGUGA